AUGUCAACUUGGCGUAAACGAUUUUCGCGAAAAUCACAACGACUUAAUGAAAAUGACGAAAUUCUAUUGAAUAAUACAGUCAAAUAUCGUAAAAAAUUACAAGCUGCAAUUAUACAAAUAAAUCGAACAAAAAAAUCUGUACAACGAAAUUUAGAUAGUCCUGAUCAUGAAGUUCACGUUGCUCGUCUUAUUAAUGAUAUUGGUCAAUUAUCUGAUUGUAGACCACUUCAAGAAAUAAGCACUUUAAUUGAUUCUUUAGCUAUGCGAUCUCAAUUAUCAUCGCGAAUAUUUAAUGAAUACGCAAUGAAUUCACUUCAACAAUCAUUACAAAAAUUAAACGAUAAUUUAUCAAAUGAUUUCGAUAAAACAAAAUCUGUAUUUGAAGAAGCAAUAACAAAUCAUUGUUCUCAUCGUACAAAAGAACAAUUAUUAACAAAAGUACAAACUGAAUGGAAUAAACAUAAAAUACUAGCAACUAAAGAACUCAAACAAGGCUUAUCAUCUUAUUGUGAUGUUGGCUUAUAUAAUCUUAGAGUACAAACAGCUAUGAUUGAAAAACUUCAAAGUUUUGUUGAUCAAUUACCGUCCGAUGAUGAUGAAAAUAAUAUGAAUAAUGGUUUACCGAAUUUUGCUAAUAAUAGUAUUGAAACUCGACGAGAUAUCGAUACUAUGCUACGUAUUAUGCUUGAUUCAGCACCAAAUAAUCCAGCUUCUUUUCCGAAAGUUCAACGACCGAAAUUUCUUAACAAUCAUUUAACUCUUUCCAAUUCACUCUAUUCUCCUGAAAUAACUGAAGCAGCAGCUCGAUCAAAUUUACCAUCAAUAGGACAAAGAAAUACACCGAGAAUUCUCCAAUAUCCUUCUAUGGUUGCAACAACUACAAAUGAACAUGAAUCAAGCAUUGUUUCACCUUUGACACCAAAUAAUGGUCGUUUACAUAGUAAUAUGAAUACACCUGUAGAUGAUCAUUUACCAUCCUAUACAGAUUUAUUUAUUGUACCGAAAAAUUGCAAAGAUGAACGUGUACAACGACGAAAUACAUAUGUAAAAAAUCAAUAA